AGCGGCGGCGGCUCUGCCGAGGUGACAAUGUGCUAGGAGCCCUCGCUUGGUCUUCUGCUCCUCCUCGGCCUCGGCGCCCGCUCUCGCCGCGCUCGCGGAGCCCUCCAGCCCGCCGUUGCGCUAUGAGGGCUUCUCUCCGGGGCUGGCCGAGGCCGGAGCCGGCUUGCUCUGCUCGCGGGGAAGUGUGAAGUGAGAGGCGCCGGCGGGAAGCCGGGCUGCACGCGGCGCUCGCGGGCCGGCGCGGGUUCCAGGUGAGCGCGGGCUCGGCGCGCUGCGCACUCGGCGCAGCCGGCCGGCGCCUGCCGGGCUGAGUCGGAGGCUGAAUUCCGUGCGUGGACCGCUGUACCCUCUUCGCGGGAUCCCUGGCCACAGUAGCAGAUGCAUUUUGUAGGAGUAUUCUGAGGAUGAAUGUUUGCAAAUCAUUUUGAAAUUGCCAAGUGCCACAUACAUGGGGUGCAACCUGCUUUUAUCCUGGAGUUCACCCUCGUGGCUUGGAUUUAUCAGAGUCGUGUCUGUCUUCGAUCUCUCUGUUAACUAGAAAUCAAGGAAAGAGAUGAGGAGGUUUGUUUACUGCAAGGUGGUUCUAGCCACGUCACUGAUGUGGGUUCUCGUCGACGUCUUCUUACUCCUGUACUUCAGCGAAUGUAACAAAUGUGACGACAAGAAGGAGAGAUCCCUGCUACCUGCACUCAGGGCUGUUAUUUCAAGAAACCAAGAAGGGCCAGGAGAAAUGGGAAAGGCUGUGCUGAUUCCUAAAGAUGACCAGGAGAAAAUGAAAGAACUGUUUAAAAUCAAUCAGUUUAACCUUAUGGCCAGUGAUUUGAUUGCCCUUAACAGAAGUCUGCCGGAUGUAAGAUUAGAAGGAUGCAAGACAAAGGUCUACCCUGAUGAACUUCCAAACACAAGUGUAGUCAUUGUAUUUCAUAAUGAAGCUUGGAGCACUCUCCUCAGAACCGUUUACAGCGUUAUAAACCGUUCCCCACACUACCUACUCUCUGAGGUCAUCUUGGUAGAUGAUGCCAGUGAAAGAGAUUUUCUCAAGUUAACAUUAGAGAAUUAUGUGAAAAAUUUAGAAGUACCAGUAAAAAUUAUUAGAAUGGAAGAGCGCUCUGGGUUAAUACGUGCGCGCCUUCGAGGAGCCGCUGCUUCAAAAGGGCAGGUCAUAACUUUUCUCGAUGCACACUGUGAAUGCACGUUAGGAUGGCUGGAGCCCUUGCUGGCAAGAAUAAAGGAAGACAGGAAAACAGUUGUAUGCCCCAUCAUUGAUGUGAUCAGUGACGAUACCUUUGAAUAUAUGGCUGGGUCAGACAUGACUUACGGGGGUUUUAACUGGAAAUUGAAUUUCCGUUGGUAUCCUGUUCCCCAAAGAGAAAUGGAUAGGAGAAAAGGAGACAGAACUUUACCUGUCAGGACCCCUACUAUGGCUGGUGGCCUAUUUUCUAUUGACAGAAACUACUUUGAAGAGAUAGGAACUUACGAUGCAGGAAUGGAUAUCUGGGGUGGAGAGAAUCUUGAAAUGUCUUUUAGGAUUUGGCAAUGUGGAGGCUCACUGGAGAUUGUGACUUGCUCCCACGUUGGUCAUGUUUUUCGGAAGGCAACUCCAUACACCUUCCCUGGUGGUACCGGUCAUGUCAUCAACAAGAACAACAGGAGACUGGCAGAGGUUUGGAUGGAUGAAUUUAAGGAUUUCUUCUAUAUCAUAUCCCCAGGUGUUGUCAAAGUGGAUUAUGGAGAUGUGUCAGUCAGAAAAACACUAAGAGAAAAUCUGAAGUGUAAGCCCUUUUCUUGGUACCUUGAAAACAUCUAUCCGGACUCCCAGAUCCCAAGACGUUAUUACUCACUUGGUGAGAUAAGAAACGUUGAAACCAACCAAUGUUUAGACAACAUGGGCCGUAAGGAAAAUGAAAAAGUGGGUAUAUUCAACUGUCAUGGUAUGGGAGGAAAUCAGGUAUUUUCUUAUACUGCUGACAAAGAAAUCCGAACCGAUGACUUGUGCUUGGACGUUUCUAGACUCAAUGGACCUGUAAUCAUGUUAAAAUGCCACCAUAUGAGAGGAAAUCAGUUAUGGGAGUAUGAUGCUGAGACCCACACUUUUCUUCACAUAAUCACCCAGUCCUGUCUCUCAGUAAGCAAAGUAGCUGAUGGCUCCCUACAGCCCACUGUGGAAAUAUGUAAUGAUAGCCUUUUGCAAAAAUGGCUACUAAGGAACUACACAAGAAUGGAAAUUUUUAGAAAUAUUUUUAAGAAUUCUACUGAUUACUUUCUCUAAUAAUUUUGGUGGUUUGUGUUGCAGACUUUAGCAGUUUUAUUUUUGUGUUUUUGUUUUGUUCUGUUAUUGAAAUCUAGCAACUUCUUUAAAAUGUGGUUAAAAAAAUGUAUGUGCUAUUUCUCCAUGGAAUUAUUUUUAUGUCUUUUACUUCUUAGCUGCUCAUUAAUUUGGAGGCUGUAUAUAUUAAGAGGUGUUUGUUAUUAUACAUUAAUAGGUAUGUUCCAGGUUUUUUUCUUUAUUUCAAAUAUAAUACAUGCUUAAAUAUAAUUGAUGGAGUACAUUAUGACAUAUUAGCUCUUUUGAGGCUAAGUAUAACCAUGUCUAUGUGGCAACAGAUUUUGCACUAGAGCUGAAAAAAUCAAUAAAAAACCAACAUAGCCAAAAAAUUGAUUGUUCUUGGAACACUGAAAUUAUUAAAUUUUGUUAAUUUUUAUUCAGAUACUUUGUGCAGACAUAACAUAUCCUUCUAGAAUUUAUUAUUUUAACC